AUGAUCAUAUUUGAUGAUGAGAUUCUCGAUAUGAUAAUAUCAGAUGAAUGGAUUCUCGAUGUGAUCAUAUUUGAUGAUGAGAUUCUCGAUAUGAUGAUAUCAGAUGAUGAGAUUCUCGAUAUGAUCAUAUCAGAUGAUGAGAUUCUCGAUAUGAUGAUAUCAGAUGAUGAGAUUCUCGAUAUGAUGAUAUCAGAUGAUGAGAUUCUCGAUAUGAUGAUAUCAGAUGAAUGGAUUCUCGAUAUGAUCAUAUCAGAUGAUGAGAUUCUCGAUAUGAUCAUAUCAGAUGAAUGGAUUCUCGAUAUGAUCAUAUCAGAUGAAUGGAUUCUCGAUAUGAUCAUAUCAGAUGAUGAGAUUCUCGAUAUGAUCAUAUCAAAUGAUGGCUUUCCCGAUAUGAUCAUAUUUGAUGAUGAGAUUCUCGAUAUGAUGAUAUCAGAUGAAUGGAUUCUCGAUGUGAUCAUAUUUGAUGAUGAGAUUCUCGAUAUGAUCAUAUCAGAUGAUGAGAUUCUCGAUAUGAUGAUAUCAGAUGAUGAGAUUCUCGAUAUGAUGAUAUCAGAUGAAUGGAUUCUCGAUAUGAUGAUAUCAGAUGAAUGGAUUCUCGAUAUGAUCAUAUCAGAUGAUGAGAUUCUCGAUAUGAUCAUAUUAGUUGAAUGGAUUCUCGAUAUGAUGAUAUCAGAUGAUGAGAUUCUCGAUAUGAUCAUAUCAGAUGAUGAGAUUCUCGAUAUGAUCAUAUCAGAUGAUGAGAUUCUCGAUAUGAUGAUAUCAGAUGAAUGGAUUCUCGAUAUGAUGAUAUCAGAUGAAUGGAUUCUCGAUGUGAUCAUAUUUGAUGAUGAGAUUCUCGAUAUGAUGAUAUCAGAUGAUGAGAUUCUCGAUAUGAUGAUAUCAGAUGAUGAGAUUCUCGAUAUGAUGAUAUCAGAUGAUGAGAUUCUCGAUAUGAUGAUAUCAGAUGAAUGGAUUCUCGAUGUGAUCAUAUCAGAUGAUGAGAUUCUCGAUAUGAUGAUAUCAGAUGAAUGGAUUCUCGAUAUGAUCAUAUUAGUUGAAUGGAUUCUCGAUAUGAUGAUAUCAGAUGAAUGGAUUCUCGAUAUGAUCAUAUCAGAUGAAUGGAUUCUCGAUAUGAUCAUAUCAGAUGAUGAGAUUCUCGAUAUGAUCAUAUCAGAUGAUGAGAUUCUCGAUAUGAUCAUAUUAGUUGAAUGGAUUCUCGAUAUGAUCAUAUCAGAUGAUGAGAUUCUCGAUAUGAUGAUAUCAGAUGAUGAGAUUCUCGAUAUGAUGAUAUCAGAUGAUGAGAUUCUCGAUAUGAUGAUAUCAGAUGAAUGGAUUCUCGAUAUGAUGAUAUCAGAUGAAUGGAUUCUCGAUAUGAUCAUAUCAGAUGAUGAGAUUCUCGAUAUGAUGAUAUCAGAUGAAUGGAUUCUCGAUAUGAUCAUAUCAGAUGAUGAGAUUCUCGAUAUGAUCAUAUUAGUUGAAUGGAUUCUCGAUAUGAUCAUAUCAGAUGAUGAGAUUCUCGAUAUGAUCAUAUUAGUUGAAUGGAUUCUCGAUAUGAUCAUAUCAGAUGAUGAGAUUCUCGAUAUGAUGAUAUCAGAUGAAUGGAUUUCGAUAUGA